CCGCCGCUUCCUCCUCCGCCGCUCUCGCCGGCGAAUGCCUCCCCCGAAACUGAACUAGCGGGUGGGGGUAUUUGCCAGGGACGGGUGAGCUUCCCGAUGGAGUCGUAGAGGCGGAGGUUCUCCGGCGAUGUUUGGUCCCAAUACGCGCCAAAAUUUGCAAAAACCCAAAUGCGCCGAGCGGCCGCCGCCGCCGCCGCGGUGGCGCCAACCGACACGCAGGUGCUGGCGGCGGCGUUCGAGUCGGCCAUCGCGUCACGCUCGCCGCGCCUCGGCCGCGCCGCGCACGCGCGAGCGCUGAGGCUGGUCUCCCCGGCACCCCCGCCCUUCAUCUGCGCGCACCUCGUCAACCUCUACUCCAAGCUCGACCUCCCCGCCGCGGCGUCGGCGGCUCUCGCCUCCGACCCACACCCAACCGUGGUUUCAUUCACGGCCUUCAUAUCCGGCGCGGCGCAGCACGCCCGCCCGCUCCCGGCGCUCUCCGCUUUUGCCGGCAUGCUCCGCCUCGGCCUGCGUCCCAACGACUUCACCUUCCCGUCCGCCUUCAAGGCCGCCGCUUCCGCGCCUCCACGGUCGACCAUCGGGCCCCAGAUACACUCCCUCGCCAUCAAGUUUGGGUACCUCCCCGGCGACCCCUUCGUGUCGUGCGCCGCGCUGGACAUGUACUUCAAGACCGGCCGCCUCAUGCUGGCUCGCCACCUGUUUGGUGAAAUGCCGAACAGGAACGUGGUUGCGUGGAAUGCGGUGAUGACGAAUGCUGUGCUCGAUGGGAGGCCCCUGGAGACAAUCGAGGCCUAUUUUGGACUCUGGGAAGCUGGUGGGCUUCCAAAUGUGGUCUCGGUCUGUGCAUUCUUCAACGCGUGUGCUGGGGCGAUGUUCUUGUCGCUCGGGGAGCAGUUCCAUGGCUUUGCUGUGAAGUGCGGGUUUGAAAUGGAUGUCUCCGUGUUGAAUUCAAUGGUUGAUUUCUAUGGGAAGUGCCGAUGUGCAGGGAAGGCAAGGUUAGUUUUUGAUGGAAUGGGAGUUAGGAACAGUGUGUCCUGGUGUUCGAUGAUUGCUGCAUAUGCUCAGAAUGGGGCAGAAGAGGAGGCUUUCGCAGUAUACCAGCGUGCGAGGUGUGCUGGGGAAGAGCCAACGGAAUUCAUGAUUUCCUGUGUGCUCACCACAUGUGCUGGCCUGCUAGGCCUUGACCUUGGACGUACUCUACAUGCUGUCGCCGUCCGUUCUUGCAUUGAUGCAAACAUUUUUGUUGCAAGCGCAUUAGUUGACAUGUAUGGGAAGUGUGGAUGUGUGGAGGAUGCUGAACAGAUCUUUUUUGAGAUACCACAGAGGAAUCUUGUUACUUGGAAUGCAAUGGUUGGAGGUUAUGCUCACAUUGGUGAUGCUCAGAAUGCACUUUCAGUAUUUGAUGAUAUGAUUAGGAGUGGAGAGACAGCACCUAAUUACAUCACUCUUGUCAAUGUGAUCACUGCAUGCAGCAGAGGUGGUUUAACAAAGGAAGGUUAUGAAUUGUUUGAGACAAUGAAGGAGAAGUUUGGGAUAGAGCCACGUAUUGAGCAUUAUGCUUGCGUGGUAGACUUGCUUGGUCGUGCAGGAAUGGAAGAACGGGCUUAUGAGGUCAUUUGUGGGAUGCCUAUAAGACCUUCCAUUUCUGUCUGGGGAGCCCUACUUGGGGCAUGCAAAAUGCAUGGGAAGACAGAACUGGGAAGGAUCGCAGCUGAAAAGUUGUUUGAACUUGAUCCUCAAGACCCCGGCAAUCAUGUGCUGCUCUCAAACAUGUUUGCUUCUGCUGGCAGGUGGGCAGAAGCAACAUAUAUAAGGAAGGAGAUGAAGAAUGUUGGAAUAAAGAAGGACCCGGGUUGCAGCUGGGUCACCUGGAAAAAUGUUGUUCAUGUUUUCCGAGCAAAGGACACCAAGCAUGAGAUGUAUGAUGAGAUCCAUGCAUUACUAAGCAAGCUCAGGAAACAAAUGCAAGCUGCUGGAUACAUGCCAGACACACAAUAUUCCCUUUAUGAUCUUGAGGAAGAAGAGAAAGAAUCAGAGGUGUUCCAACACAGUGAGAAGCUUGCCCUUGCAUUUGGACUUAUUUGCAUACCACCUGGUGUACCUAUAAGAAUCAUGAAGAAUCUGAGAAUAUGCGUGGAUUGUCAUCGAGCUUUCAAGUUCAUAUCUGGUAUUGUUGAUAGGGAGAUAAUUGUGAGGGACAAUAAUAGGUUUCAUCACUUCAAACAAUAUCGAUGCUCGUGUGGAGAUUAUUGGUGAAGCCUCUAUGCAUGGGCCUUUUGAUGAAUAUUAUCUCCAAAAAUCUUUUGCAAAGAUAAAAGGAAAAGUUGUUUGGAUCUCUGCCUGCACAGGAAUGUGGCAUUAAACAUGCAAGAUAUGGAAACUGAUGAAAAUAGUCAGGUUGGGCAGAUACAACUACAUGAUGCUCCUCCACUCUCACUAUGCUUGGAGUUAAUCCAGGUUUACCUAAUUAGCUUGCUCAACCAAGUAAAAAUGCAGACUGAUAAAGCAACAGAAGAGAGCAACUGGCAUGAAAUUUUGGGGUGUUGGUAGAAACGACGACUUCCUGUUUGAUGUGCUACCCGGUAUUACCUCAACAUUGCAUUCCCGCCACUGUUAGCCUGGAUUCAGGGACAUCAAGGGCACAUAUGUAGUAUGCAUGAGAAGCUCAGGGAUGUUAAUACAUGAUUGCUGGGUGGACCGUGGACGUAGGAUGUGGUGCUAGCUUAAGGAUCUCAAUGUCGUGCUAGAGUCAAAUUGCCGUCACGACUCAUUACAAAGUAAUCUUCUAAAUAAGUGCACCCUGUGUAGAAAUUUGCAAACCGUCAGGUUGAGCCUAUUGCUGGCGUCUGUCGGUAUCCUGAAGAACUGAUGUUUGGAGGCUUGAAAUGUUUUAUUUUCAGCUUGUAGCUCUUUGUGAAUCAAACCGAUGAAUGCAGAACUCUGGACUGAAGCUGACGCAUCACUCAUCCCAUACCCCAUAUUUUCCACUUGGUUAAGUAGUUUUUGGUUAUUCUUUGAUAGGUUGGGUGGAUACUUGUCCUGGUUCUGGUAAAUUAAACAUGGUAUAGUUCAGUACUCAUUUUCUCGUCUUUUUUGUUUGCUAGUUGGUCUUCUUACUUUAAUACACUAAAGGAAAGAUGAUUUAUUAUACUGCAAAAUAUAGUUCGCACACACAUUAUAGAGAGGAAACCGAAUAUUUGUUUUCUG